GGGAGUGAGUGAGUGAGGGAGGGAGGGAGGGGGGAGAGGGGGGGGCGAGGCUGGUUCAAACCGGUUUGUUCCUCAGUGAAGCUGCGACCGACCGACCGACUGACACCGCACACGGAGACACCCCGAGCAGAGCAGAGCAGAGCCGCACAGCGUCGCAAUGCCUAAGAAGGAUGAAAGCAAGGGGGAUAGCGCAACUACAUUACAAAUAACACUGCGACCCCGGAAGCGAAAAAAUGUCCCAGAAGAGAAGCCUAAACCCAAGAAGGCUGCCCCCAAGAAAACGGUGAAGGCUAAAGGAUCCAAGGCCAAGAAAGGCAAAGAAGAUCCCGAGACAGACAAGGAGUCUGGAACUCCACUUGCUGAAAAUGGUGAAAAUAAAGAGGCCUAGAGCAGUUGCUGGUGACGGAGAUGGGAUGGGAAGUAAAGAAAAUGCCAUCCCUGAUUCCGAUGAGUUUGUGUACCUCUUGCAACUUGUACAGUUGAAAGAAUAUUUUUAUCAAGUUUUAUAAACGCAACUUUUCUUUUUAGAGUUUUGAGUGGGCAGCAACCAAGCGUACCGAUGCUGUGUACGCACUUUACUUUCGAGGGAGGGGGGCUUUUGUGUAGACAAGUGAAAACCCUGAGCUCAAUUCUUGUCUCUUUCCCUCCUGCCACCCCGUAUACACAACAAAUUGUAACUGCUCUGACCACAUUGUCGGGUGAUUUUUGUCAGUAAAGUCUUUAGUUCUUGAGUAAUGUUCUGACACUCUCAGCAUGAAGUGUUCCUACCCUCACUCCACACGUUUAAGAAAAUUGAAAAUGUAAAUUUUAUGAUUUUUUUUUUAAUUGUACUGUUUGAAAAGAAAUUGUAAAAAUAUAUUCUUGUUGGAAUUGUUUUGAGGCUGAUGGAUUUUUUUAAAGAUAAGAUCGUAUGCUGAAUAUCCCCAUGGUAUUUUGGAUUUGCUUACCUUAAUAAAGUUGGAUACUGUUCUGCUUGGA